AUGGGGCGCUUGGCGCGGAAGCGCUUGACUUUCCUGACGUCCUUCUGGAACAAGCUGCGGCCCCGCUCCGCCCGGGACGGCUGCUCCGKGGGGCGUUUUGUGCCCGACGACCGCACGCCGCUGCCCUCGGAGCCGCCGUGCGCUGCCCGCUGCCCGGACGCCGCUCUCUGCGUCGCCCUGCACGGCUUCGCCGCCCGCAGCGCCCGCGAGCUCGGCGUGAGCGUCCCCGGAGAGGAGGGCGAGUGCGUGCUGGCCGGAAAGCUGCCGGGCGAAGCGGCCACRGGCUACGUCCCCGCCGCCUACGUGGCCAAUGUCAGCCAGGGAAACGGCGCUCGCCGGCCCUGGUAUUUCGGCAAGAUGAGCCGGAGCGAAGCGGAGCAGCUCCUGCUGUCCCCCCCCAACCAGCACGGCUCCUUCCUCGUGCGGGACAGCGAGAGCAGCAAGGGCGAGUUCUCCCUCUCAGUGCGCGCCCGCGGCGGCGUCAGCCACUUCCGCAUCGGCCGCGGCCCCGGCGGGCGCCUGCACCUCCAGAGGGGACGGCCCUUCGGCAGCAUGGAGCAGCUCCUCGCCUUCUACGCGGCCAACUGCGCCGUGCUGCAGAGCCCGCUGCUGCAGCCCUGCGCGCCCGCGGUGCCACCCGAGCAGGACGGAUGGGAGCGCCCRCGCUGGGAAUUCUCCCUGCGGAGGAAGCUGGGCGAAGGCUACUUUGGAGAGGUGUGGGAAGGGCUGUGGAGGAACACGGUGCCUGUGGCCAUCAAGAUCAUAAAAGCUGACAUGAAGGCGGACGACUUCACCAAGGAGAUCCAGAACCUGAAGCGCCUGAGGCACGAGAAGCUCAUCCAGCUCCACGCCGUGUGCUCGGUGGGCGAGCCGGUCUACAUCAUCACCGAGCUCAUGCGGAAAGGCAACCUGCACAGCUACCUGCACAGUCCUGAAGGGAAGGCCCUGGGCACCUCCCACUUGGUCAACAUCUCCUGCCAAGUGGCAGAUGGGAUGAGGUACCUGGAAGAGAAGCACAUUGUGCACCGGGAUUUGGCGGCCAGAAACAUCCUGGUGGGAGAUGAACUCACCUGCAAAAUCGCCGAUUUUGGGCUCGCCCGGCUCCUCAAGGACGACAUUUAUUCCACCAGCAGCAGCACCAAAAUCCCGGUGAAGUGGACGGCRCCGGAGGCAGCCAACUUCCGCACCUACUCCUUGAAGUCCGACGUUUGGUCCUACGGGAUUCUGCUCUACGAAGUCUUCACAUACGGGCAGAUCCCAUACGAAGGCAUGACGAACCAGGAAACGGUGCGGCAAAUCACGCGGGGCUACCGCCUUCCGCGGCCGAGCAGCUGCCCGGCCGAGAUCUACGGCAUCAUGCUGGAGUGCUGGAACGGCGACACGGAGCGGCGGCCCUCCUUCGUGGCGCUGCGCGGGAGGCUCCGCGUCAUCUACCGCCGCCUGCCCCRCGCUCCGGCCUGA